UUACAGGACACUAAAAAAAAUUCCACUUCUCAGUCUCCAUCUUGAAAAGUUUGAUUGCAAGAAAGGAAAAAAAAAGAGUGAGAGGGAGGGAAAAUGGCAGAGGAGAGUAAAAUGGAAAGAGGGCUUCUCGUGCAGCCGUUGCUAGAGGGAUCAGGUAAUAGUAAUAACAACGAGGAGGACAUGAUGAGCACUGCCGGAAAAUCUUCGUCGCCGGUGGAAGCGACCUCUGCCGCCGUUAUCUUCAGCACUUUCGUAGCUGUGUGUGGUUCCUUCUCCUAUGGAUGCGCUUUAUCAUACUCAUCGCCUGCUGAAUCUGGGAUCAUGGAAGAUUUGCACCUCUCCAUUGCUUCUUACUCAAUGUUUGGGUCGGUGAUGGAAGUGGGAGGGAUGAUAGGCGCUCUGUUUUGUGGGAGAAUAACAGCUGUGCUUGGCCGCAAAUAUACAAUGUGGCUUUCCCAGGUGUUCUCCACCAUUGGAUGGCUUGCUAUAGCACUUGCUAAGAAUGAUUGGUGGCUGGUGACGGGAAGGCUCUCGAUUGGGUUUGGAGUUGGUUUCGUCACCUACGUGGUUCCAAUUUAUGUAGCAGAAAUUGCACCCAAAGAGCACAGAGGAUCAUUUUCAUAUGCCAGCCAGUUGUUGGUGAACUGCGGCUUCUCCCUUGUGUAUUUCCUGGGAAAUGUAGUCUGCUGGCGUACCUUGGCAAUCAUCGCACUUGUGCCAGGGGCGUUCCAACUCGUCGGCUUGCCCUUCAUUCCCGAGUCCCCGAGAUGGCUGGCCGGAGUUGGUCGAGUGAAGGAGUUCAAAGCGUCGUUACAGCAACUGAGAAGCAAGAGUGCUGAUAUCUCUCAGGAAGUAGAAGAAAUUCAAGACUCUGUCGAUGAAUCGAAGGACGACCCAAAAGCCAGAGUUGGAGACAUUUUCCAGAGGAAAUAUGCCUAUGCACUAACCGUUGGACUUGGUCUAAUGCUUCUCCAACAACUCGGGGGCACUUCAGGAGUUGCAUAUUAUGGCAGCAGUGUAAUCCAAAAAGCAGGGUUUUCGACAACUGUUGGCACCAUAAUUAUUUCUCUAGUCCAGGUUCCUAUAGCAGCUGUUGGGUUAUUCCUGAUGGAUAUUUGUGGAAGAAGACUUCUCCUCAUGGUUUCUGCAGGUGGAAUGAGCAUAUGCAGCUUCCUAGUGGCAUUGUCCUUCGUAUUGCAGGGGCUUAACCCUCUCAGGGGAAUCACUCCUAUUAUGGCUAUAAUUGGCUUGACUGGAUACUUCACAGCUUUCUCAAUUGGAAUGGCAGGAAUCCCCUGGAUCAUAAUGGCAGAGAUAUUCCCCAUGAAUGUGAAGGCUCUAGCUGGGACACUAGUCACAUUGGUCAAUUGGUCAUCCUCCUGGGUCAUGACUUACUCUUUCAAUUUCAUGAUGCAAUGGAGCCCCGCGGCGACUUUUUUUAUCCUAGCUACAACAUGCGCACUCACAGUGGUUUUCACCUUGAAGCUGGUACCGGAAACAAAAGGAAGGACUCUAGAGGACAUACAUAAAUCAAUGAUGCGGCUCGAUUAGCGAAACUAGCCAGAUCUUUGUAUAUAAGUAUAAAUAUUGUUAUAGCGAUCCUUGGUCAAUGGUGAAGCUUUGAACCACUUGCGAUUCACUAGAUUUACUCAUCAACGAUGUUUCUUAGAGCUAAGCCAAGGGAUGGCUAGUAUAAUUGAUUUGUGGUGUAUGUCGUGUAUCAUUAGAAAUUGCCCAAAAAUUUAGAACUAUGCUACCCACAACCCGCACCACAGUGGGUAGUAGUUCACCACUACGCAGUGCAGUUUGGUUGUGGAUACCGACAAAAAUUUCAUUAUUGAAUAUGAUAAUAUGGUCAUUAAUAUUGGUGUUGUGUUCUUCUUACA